UAACCUCUUUGUUGUAUUUGAUCACUCUUUUUAACCACUCCUUUUACACACUAUAGCAACGAUUCAUCGUGUAAAGUGUUGUGAUUGUGUGAAAAUGUGCAAAGUAGAACUGCUGAGAGUGUUGGUGAAGCAGCGACUAACUGCUGCUGUGGAAGAAAUAUUUGUAGUGUUAGAAAGAACGAUAGCAGAAUACGAGGAGGAACUUUCUAGAACAAAAGAGGAGAACGAGCGACAACGUCAACUACUGGACGCUCUUUUCCAACCGGAUGUUGUUUUACGCAGAACAGGGAGGAGCGCCAGGUUGGAGCAGGAGGAGCCACAGCUCCCCUGCAUUAAAGAGGAAGAGGAGGAUCACAGCAUCAGUCAGGAGGAAGCACAUUUUGGAGGACUGGAGGAGUUCCCUGUGAAGAGUGAAGAAGAUGAGGUCAAAGGUGAAAGUGAGGAGAGGAGAGAUGCGGAGAGACCAAGCGGCAGCUCAAGUCAACACAUGACAACAGAAGGCGAUGGCGGAGGAUCACAAGCAGACUUCGCUCCACUGUCAGAUAGUGAGCACACAAGGUCUACUAAAGUCCAUGUGACGAUGGACGCUGACAACACGCGCUUCGGAUGCCCUUUGUGUGACAAAACAUUCUGCAGCAAGAAGAAUCGUAAAGAACACAUGACAUGUCACUCAGAUGAGAGACCAUUCAUCUGCUCGGUCUGCGGUAAAAGAUUCUCCCGCAAAGGCAUAUUGACGAGACACACCAGACUGCACACGGGGGAAAAACCGUACAGCUGUUCAGUUUGCGGCCAACGGUUCUGUCAGCAGUCGAACUUGAUAUCGCACACGAGAAGGCACACGGGCGAGAAACCCUAUUCCUGCUCGUUCUGCCACUCGUCUUUUAGUAAUAGGUCCAACUUGUACCGACACACCAGAAUACACACCGGGGAGAAACCUUUCCUCUGCUCGGUGUGCGGGGAAAGAUUUUCUGUCAUGGGACGUUUGCGAGCACACAAAAUGUUACAUGCCGGCGAGAAACCCUCGCUCGCCUAACCCCUGCCCGAUCUGCAACUGAGGUCGUGCGGAGAAAUCUGCAAUGGCUAAAAACACAGGAACUGACACGUUUAGGUCUCCACACCUACACCGAGGGUGCGAAAGACAGGCUGUUUAACCGCUGAAGAAGAGACGCGCUUUGCAGACCUGCAGCUACACGCAAGUAGUGGUCCAAGGAACACGUUUAAGGACUUUGCCAAGCGUUCUAAGUGAGGCUGAGAGGGUCAAGCACAUCUUGGGUGAAAGAAGAUGAGCUGAAGGCACGAGACACCGAGACAGCCGCGUGGUGAUGAGGAUGUGUCCAGCCAAGCCGUCAGAGCACACCUGCAGCAGACGUAGGGUAGAGAUAUGCCAAUGUCCAAUACAGCCCAGCUCCUCGUUGCCCACAAGAUGAGGAGGCGAGUCCUCCAACGGAUCCAUGAAGCCAUGAGGACGGAGUACGUUGACCCCGCCCAGCUUUUACUGGCCGAGGUGUCGAAGAGACGCAGAAAUGCGAUGCAAGUUUCACGCGGUCACAGCGCAGGAAAGGGAGGCCAGGCUGCAAGAUAGACCUUCAGUGGGACACAAACCCUCAGAGACUGGCUAGACUUGGUUUGAAAUGCUUCAUCAUGCCUUGC